AUGAAUGAAGCAAAGAGAAUUGUAGAUGGUGGAGUGGAACUUCUGGACUCCAAUUUAACUAGAUUCGCAGAAAUUGCGAACCCCAGUUAUGACGUCAUCAUAAAGGACAAGGACAAACCUCAAGAACGAAGGCAGGGCCUAGGCGUUGCGCGUAAGCGGGCUCGGUUUUCUUUGAAACCUAGUGCUAGUCAGCCUUCUGUGAAUUUGGAAUCAACUUUGAACAUUGACCGGUUGCAAGAUCCUGAUGAAUUUUUUGAUGCUUAUGAGAAGCUUGAAUAUGCCAAAAAAGAAAUACAAAGACAGCAGGGUGGCAUUAUAAACAAUUUGAAUGAAUACAAAACAUCAACUAAUACACGUCAUCGCAGACCAGGAAUUUUGGGGAAAUCAUAUAGUUAUAAGCAUCGCUACUCAUCAGUGCCUUGUGAAAACGAUGAGAUAUUAACGUCUUCCCAAGAAACAAUGGAUAUGGAUGUUCUGGAUGCUCCUAAUCAUGACUUCCAACAAAAGAUGAACAAUUCUGAUCCUAUUCAGGAUGUUGAUUUACAGGAAGUUGAAUUGGCUGGAUCAAUAUCCAAGACAGGGAUUAAAGUGAAUUGUGUUUUAGAUGAAUUGCUAUCUUGUAAUGAUGAAGAUUUAGAUGGGGAUGGGGCCUUGAAUAUCUUGCAGGAGAUGUUUCAGAUCAAACCACUUGACCUGGAUGGCCUAUGCGCACCCAAACAUUAUGAUGUCAGAAGGACUGAUUUUAUGGCCUUGAAAGAAAGUUUGUCAAAACCUCAUAAGACUUCGCAGGUCACAAAUAGUUUGCUGAGAAGUGUUAGUGGUGAACCACCUAUUGAACGUGGACAGGUGGCACAAAAUGGAACCAAUUCUGUAGCUUCGCCAACCCCUCCAAGAAGUCCAUUUGCUUCUCUAUCUUUGUUGAAGAAGCGAAUUUUGCAAUCUAAUCCCCUGAGAGACCCAUUUACUCCUCUUAGUGUUGAUCUGUCACCAACCCAAAAUGCUUACCCCAUUCAGCCUAUCAACAAGCUACAUGAUCAAGUUGAUGCACGGAAGGAAUCAAGUACGGGUAGCAAGAAGAAAGCGCGAGUAGAGGUUGAAAUUAUGGAACCUACAGUUAAAAUGAAUAUAGAGAAGGUGAACACAGGAAGUUCGAACUGUCUCCCUGACCAGUUUGUGGAUGAGAAUGCAAAUGGACAAAGUGCAGAAUCUGAAAUUACAGAACCUACAAUUAAUAUGGAUACACAGAAGUUGAAAACAUUAAGUUCAGAUUGUCUAGACCAGUUUGUGGAUGACAAUGCUUGCAGACGAAGUGCAAAAUCUUCAAUUGCAGAACCUACAAUUAAUUUUGAUACAUCGAAGGUGAAAACAGGAAGUUCGGAUUGUCUGCCUGACCAGUUUGUGUAUGAGAAUGCAAGCAGAGAAAGUGCAAAAGCUGAUAUUUGCCCAAUCAUAGGACUACAUUACAACAUUGAGGAAGAAACAAUUGGUGAAAACUUAAAUGGUGGUCAGAAUCUUUUUGACCAAUCAAGUUGUUUUGCACUUGAAGAUGAUGCGGUAAAGGCCCCAUCCAGGAGUCAGCAGAUUGAUCAAAACGAAGAGCCUGAGAUAAAUCAAGACAAGCUACAGAAAGCAAAACGAGAAGCAGGUGAAAAACGCCUUAGAAAAUCACAUCCACUGAGGAAAAGUCUUGCAGAAUCUGGUACAUCAUUUGAAAAUGGAGUAAGAAGAAGCAAAAGAAUCAGAAUGAGGCCUCUGGAAUACUGGAAAGGAGAGAGAUUCUUAUAUGGACGACUGGACGAGAGCCUGAAGCUCAUAGGGGUGAAGUAUCUCUCUCCCGGGAAAGGUGAUGGCAUGCUGAAAGUGAAGCGGUAUGUCUCGCCUCGAUACAAGGAGCUUCUUGAACAUUGA